UGGUUCCUCAAGAAAAUGACUUCUUCGUCAAAGCAAGGGAUAAUGAAAGCUGAUGAUUGCCCCGCAGAAGGAGAAAAGAGAAGGAUGCUUCCUCUAAAGCUGGUUCGCUCUCUGGUUUUGGGGGAAACCAUUACCACUCGCCCUUUCCUUUCCCCCCAAAAUCGCCAUAUCCAAGACCUUCCCCACAGCGACAGCGACGCCGAUUCACCCAACUCUUCAAUAACCCCCAAUGCCCACUCUCACAGAAACAGGAAAUCGAAAUCCAAAGCCAACGCCAAAACGCCAUUGUUGCUCUUUAUGCCCGCCAAAGAGCUCGUCACCGACACCUACAGGCUCGCCACAUUGGCCAGAGACAUUGGCAUGGACUUGCAUCCGAACCCAUCUCUCUCUCACAUCAUCUUCUCGUGGCCAUCGUCUUCCCAACCGUCUGCUUCUUCGUCGUUUUCGUCGUCCUCGUACCCGUCUUUCUGGUCGUCGACGUCGCUCUCCUCGUCUUCCUCGUUGUGGUCGCUGCCCAACGACGCUGUUCCCCUACCCUUCCCUUCCCUCGCCGCCGCUUCCGUUUCUCACCUACGCUGCUUCGUCGGCCUCUCCAGAGGAUUCUUCAAGUUGGUUUUCUUGAAAUCGAGCGUCGCCCCAAGUGACAGAAUCGGUGGACAAGCGAGUAACUGGGAUUGUUGCUCGGUUUCCUUGAUUUCGCGGCGGGGCGGGGAUCGAAUCGAGUCGAUGGAUGGGUUCUCUCGUGCUCUGGCCGGGGUGGGUUGGACCCUGUUCAAGACCACGAACAGCCCAUCUCUGGAUUCUGGAAACAACCGAGUUUGUGGGACGAAAUCGGUUUAUCUGUUCAGGAAGGUGGAUUCGAAUCGGGUUCGGAUCAAACAGGGAAGUGGGGAUGGUGCUACUGCUUCUGGGGAGUGUAGAAUUAGGGAGCUGAGGUUGCCCGCUUUGGAUUUUCGGAAUGCCCCUUUGAGGAUUUUGCAAUAUAUCCUUUUGAUGACCGGUGAUAUCUUCUAUCUUGCCUAAUCUGGUCGGUUUAUGGAGACAAAACGCCCUAUAAAUCCUGUGAUUAUCAUCUGAACCUGGUUUUCGAGCUUUAUGACAUGAGGCAGCAGUAAAGGGAUACUGGAAAGGUUCUGCUAACCACAAGAGAGAGUACAAAAGGAACUUGAAUCAGGAGUGAUUUUGAGUAGUAGCAGCGGCAGCAGCAGCAGCAGUUGUACAAAUUAAGAAAUAUAGGUAGGAGCUGUUGAUUGAUCUGAACUGCUGUCACAUACGUACAUCAAAGGCCUCUUUGUACAUGAAAUGCAAGCUCUUGAAGAAAUUUCUUUCAUCUUAAGUCCCCACUCUCUACCAACCAAAUAGCUUUCGCGGUCUCUUCUAUGUUCUGUGGGUAAUGAUUUUCUUUUUCUUAAAUUUGUAAACCGAAGGUAAAGGCAAUUUUGUCCCCCUACGUUGAAAGCUGGCCUAUCUUUCCUUA